AUGCCAGUCACACAGUUCAACGUCAAAGAAAAGUACAAAUAUCAGAAUGGCUUUUCUAGUUACCAUGAAUCACAAGCAAUUGAAGGCGCAUUGCCCAUAGGGACAAACUCACCGCAGAAACCGCCUUUUGGACUUUACGCAGAGAAACUUAGCGGCACGAGCUUCACAGCCCCAAGACAUGAGAACCAACAAACCUGGCUGUACCGCAUACUGCCUGCCUCAGCCCACUCGAGCUUUGAACCUAGAGAACACGCUACCUUCAACACAAACCCAGAGAACCAGCCAGGUCAGAAGAUCCAUCAGAUCCCCAAUCAGCUCAGAUGGGAUCCAUUCGAUCUGGACGAGACGGUAGAUUGGAUUCAUGGCCUCCAUCUGGUCGCUGGAGCUGGAGACCCAAGCAUGAAAACAGGUGUGGGCAUUUACAUAUACGCAGCCGGAAAGAACAUGGACGAUCAUGAAGCCUUCUACAGUGCAGACGGCGACUUCCUGAUCGUCCCCCAGCAUGGAUCGUUGGAUAUCAGGACCGAGCUCGGCAGACUCCUCGUGCGGCCAAAUGAGAUCUGCGUCAUCCCAAGAGGAAUCAGAUACCGCGUCGAACUACCAGAGGGUCCGGUUCGGGGUUACAUCCUUGAAUUGUAUCAAGGACACUUUACCCUCCCCGAACUCGGGCCAAUAGGUUCCAACUGUCUGGCUAACGCGCGAGACUUCCAAGCACCUGUAGCCGACUUUGACGAAGACACAGAUUCGCAGUGGACGUUGACGACCAAAUUUGCUGGCCACCUGUUCGCUGCUAAGCAGAAUCACACGCCUUUCGAUGUGGUGGCGUGGCAUGGCUUGUAUUAUCCUUACAAGUAUGAUUUGGGUCGAUUUUCCACCAUUGGUUCGAUCAGCUUCGAUCAUCCGGACCCGUCCAUAUUCACAGUGCUCACGGCACCGAGCGACCACCCUGGCACUGCAGCGGCGGACUUUGUCAUCUUCCCUCCUCGAUGGUUGGUACAAGAGGACACUUUCAGACCGCCUUGGUACCACCGCAACACGAUGAGUGAGUUCAUGGGGUUGAUCCACGGACAGUAUGACGCAAAGACAGGAGGAGGAUUCCAGCCAGCAGGAGCAUCGCUCCACAAUGUCAUGGCAGCUCAUGGCCCAGACGCCAGCACUCACGAGAAGGCAUCAAACGCGGAGUUGAAGCCGAUGAAGGUAGGAGAGGGGUCAAUGGCGUUCAUGUUUGAGAGCUGCUACAUGGUGGGGGUAACAGAGUGGGGACUCAAGAAGUGCGCCAAAGUGCAGGAAGACUACAACGAGGAGAGCUGGACACCACUCAAACCACAUUUCAAGCGACCACAGAAGGCGGUGGGAGAGAUUAAGAACGGAGGUGAAAGUGGCGAUGGACCGAUUGAAAGCACGAAGCAGGUUCCUCACUGGACAUGA